AAGUGGGAUCUGAGAGCGAGCGGUGGCAAACAGAUUGCCGCUUACCGGCAUCGUUUCUUUCGGCCUCUCAGUAGUGAAUGAACCCAAGAGAUUUCAACGAUCACCGAUGUCAGCGAAUCGAGUUCUUCGGUAGCUUUCAGGUUUCUUGAACCGUUAGUGCUGCUGCCAGCUUGUGAAAUUGUGACGGCUCCAUGUCCGUGCCUGCUCUUUUUGUGGGACUCUGUUCUGCGUGUUCGUUCCUCUAUAAAUAGACGGAUGACUUGUUCCUUGUCUUCCUGAACAUGAACUUCAAAGGUUCAUCUGGGAAGAAUUUAAUGACGAUCGGGCCAUGGGGAGGUCUAGGAGGAGAUCUAUGGGACGAUGGUGUUAACUCUGCAGUGUGCCAGAUCAUUAUCAGUCAUGGUGCGGCCAUUGAUUCCAUACAGUUCGAGUAUGAGCUGAGAGGAGGCUUAGUCUGGUCAGAGAAGCAUGGGACUAGUGAUGGAGGCUCAAAAACUGAUCAGGUGAAACUUAACUACCCUGAGGAAGUUCUCACAUCUAUCAGUGGCUGCUAUGGUGCAGUGGGAUCUUCAGUUGUCAUAAGAUCACUUACCUUUGAGAGCAACUGCUCCAAGUACGGGCCUUUUGGCACCGAGCAAGGGACAUCCUUCUCACUCCCCAUGUUCAGCGGCAAAAUUGUCGGCUUUCACGGCCGUUCCGGAUCGUGCCUCCACUCCAUAGGCUGUCAUCUCAACAAAGAGAACACAACUAAGCUGUCAAAAAAUGCGCCGUCUGCGCUUCGGAGCAUCACAAGAUCUUUUGACAGGAACGGGCACAGGUAUGCAGAUAGAAGUGCUGGGUAUGACAUGGUUCUUGCAGUGAAGGACAGAGGUGACAACUACAAUGUCCUUACUAGCAGUCUUCCAAAGGAGCAGUAUCCUAAUCCAUCUAAGAUGAGCAAGAUGGUAUCAAUUCCAAGUUUCUACUCGGAUAAUGGGACCAUGACUAUAAGCACUCCAGUGAGGUUUGGUCCCUGGGGUGGAAAUGGUGGUACCAUAUUUGAUGAUGGAAUAUACACUGGUGUCCGACAAAUCAAUUUAACACGGGGACUAGGGAUAUCUUCCAUGAAGGUUCUCUAUGAUCGUAACGGACAGGCCAUAUGGGGUGACAAGCGUGGAGUCAGUGGGGGUGCUAGACCUGAAAAGGUUGUAUUCGAUUUUCCAUCAGAGAUCUUGACUCAUAUAACCGGUUACUUUGGCUCCACGAUGAUUAUGGGUCCGACGGUGAUCAAAUCACUCACAUUCCACACAACAAAGAAGAGCCAUGGACCAUUUGGGGACGAACAUGGCACCUUCUUCUCCAGCUGUUUGACCGAUGGAAGGAUAGUAGGAUUUCAUGGCAGGGCAGGAUGGUACAUCGACAGCAUUGGAGUUCAUGUUCUGGAAGGGAAGGUGUUGUCACAGAGAGUCGACACAGAAUUCGCCGACGCAAGCCCGUCUCGACAGUCUGACAUGCUUGCACUAGCACGAAGGGAAAUCGGAGACGAGGUUACAUACGGUGUGGUGAAAGAACCCAUACCAAUAGGUCCAGGACCAUGGGGUGGGGACGGAGGCAAGCCGUGGGACGAUGGCGUCUACACUGGCGUCAAACAAAUCUACAUCAUGAGAAGCGAUUUCAUCGGGUCUGUUCAGAUCGAGUAUGACAGGAGUGGGCAGUCCAUCUGGUCUACCAAGCAUGGAAAUGGUGGGCAGAUAACACACAGGAUCAAGCUUGACUAUCCACACGAGGUGCUGACCUGCAUCUACGGGUACUACAACACCUGCGUGGAAGAAGGGCCCAGGGUGUUGAGAUCGCUCACCUUCGUCAGCAGCCGAGGGAAGUACGGCCCGUUCGGCGACGAGAUCGGGACCUACUUCACCUCCGCUACGACUAAGGGGAAGGUGGUCGGCUUCCAUGGCCGGAGCAGCCUCUACUUGGACGCCAUUGGAGUGCACAUGCAGCACUGGCUGGGAGACAUGAAAACUACCACUAGCGCUUCCAACUCCAAGUACUACAUCUCUAGGUAUCUGUUCUGAUCCUGGCUAGUUACCCCGUGGUCUGAUGCCAACUGAAGGCUGUGGAGUUAGUACAGUUUGCGGCAAGAAGUUCAGUGAUGAGCAGUUCUGAAUGAUGAGUAAUCAUAUCAUGGUGUAUUUAUUUUUUAUUCUUAUUACUGGAGCCACUGUGUGCUGGUGACUUGGUGAGUGAUUUGUUUGUCUGGUUUGGAGGAUUGAGCGUUGUGGGUAUCUGGUCACCUUAAACUUGUCAAAGUCUCUGCAUUUGAUACAUUGAACACGAUUUGUUAAACAGAUUUUGUGCCAUCUCA